AUGACAAUCACCGUCGGAUUAUCUCCGCGGCUUGUAUUACACCCACAGCGCAAGCGCAAGUUCUUUGAAGACCUUGCGCAAUUGCUUGACGAAGAACCACCCGAAAUCUACCCGCUACAAGGCGCCUUCUAUGGCCCUGAGCUUCCCAUGAAUGCCGCAUUGCACCCGCCUUCGAGUUUAGAGUCGAGUAACACGACGCAGCCAAUAGUUAUGCCAUCUCAUUCUCUUAAUGCCUUGAACGCAAUCAACAACAACAGUCUAAACAGUAGCAACAGCAGAACUCAGCAACGAAAGGACCAGCGCGUGCACUUUGAAUUUGAGCUGGAAACGAAAAAUGACAAGGAAAAGUGCAGGCGCGGUGGUAAUUGCGCCGCCCGGUUUUUAGUGACAACAUUGUCCAAAAGCGGUGUAAUGUCGGAAAAGACACCAGUCGGUUCGCGUCUGGAACUUAUUGACUAUUAUGACGUAGACCGCAUGUGCGAGGCCUCGCCUUGCUGGCUAUAUAACAAUGAAGCGACUUGCGCAAUGCAUGAAGGCUUUAUAAGGCGACCUAUGCUGCUAUUUUCGCUUCAGGCGCUUGAUGAAUUUAUUGCACGUUGCGAAUGGUUUGAUCAGCAACGAUGGCAUGUACAAGCGUGCAAGGUUGCUCGGAGAGUUCUUACUGCCAUGUGGGAGAAUGAUGUGCUCGACUCGGAAUCUUCAGGGCAAGAUCUUGUCCUCCGUGACUACAUUUUCCAGAAGUCGUCUGUAAAUGGUGUGGCUCUUGAAGUCUGGCGCAUCAUUGCACGUUAUUGGGAAAAGUACAAGCAGAACUAUCUUCACCAUCAAGAGCUAUAUUUUGAUGAAGCAAAAAAUGGUGAGAUUACUUCUAUUGCGUCAGAGUGGGAUCAAGCGCGGUCGUUGCUUAACGUGUACGGAAUGAAGUCGAAUCGAGCGCAACGACUACUAGAGCAGGAAGGUGGCAAUUAUUUUAAUGUCAGACAAGUAAUUGACAAACUUAUCCGCGCACAGACUCACGAUAUUCCUAUUGUUGAGCAGCUUCGGGUAGGGAUCGAUUUUAUUGUUCCUGCUUCAGGUUUGGGCUCUAGUCCAAUCGUUCGACGGCCUAACCUUAACCAGAAAGACGGAAAAAUGGCUUUUAACGCCAUUCUCAUACAUUUAAAAAAUUGGAACACCAAGAUUCAAGUGUUUCCAUGUGGAUCCUUCUCUCGUGGUGCUGCAUUUAUAUCGGUGCUUGACAUUCUGGUUGCGGUUCCAACUGUGCUUGAAAUUUCGACGACAGCAAACGCAGAUGUAGAUGCACAACAGUUCGAAGAGGUAAUAACAGCACUUACAGCAGCAAAUGUGAUUCAACAUGGAGCGAUGCGACGUAUUUCAACUUCUCGUGGGGCUUGUAUUAUCCCUUUUAAAACCAGCACCGUUUUGCUGGACAUCAAAAUUUUUUCACCUCCUAAAAGCUGGAUUGCGCUACUUUACUUUACGGGCCCCGAAAGCUUUGUACUUUCAUUUUUCUCUGAUCUUUUGAAACAAUCGCUGCAAGAAAUUUCAAAUACUUCCUUCGAUUGCAUAUACACAAGUGUGGUGGAAGCUAUUGGACUGAAAGCGCUUUUGAAAAUUGCUUCAGAAAAAGAUCUUUUCGAGUUAUGCGGUCGAAGAUAUUUGCAGCCGACCGACCGACUUUAA